AUGCUAGGCCUCUUGAUCGGCACCGAUGUGGCCAUCAUUGCCAAGCUGUACAAGAUGAAAGUGUUGGGAAAGGAGCGCAGGCCAGUCGAGAUUUCACCACGGACAGUAACUAAUCACCCAACUGGACCGCUUUUUCCGAGGCCAAGCCAGAAUAAUUUGAUGAAAAAUACGACCGCUACCCGCUCAAAGACGACGAUCGAUAUUCGACUCGCGCUCGCUUUUCUCUAUAUCACCGUGGCGUUUAUAAUAAUGACACUGUAUUUUCGCUAUAUUUACAUUGUCCCCUACUCGAUAAUGCCGUACACGAAUUUCGUGGUGUUCAACCUGGAGCUGAGCAAAUGUACCGUAUACGUGCUGAUUGUCACGCAGAAA